AUAUUUUAUUUAACUCACCUUUUAGGAAAGCUAUCAGUAUGUAACCGUUGCUUUAGAUAGUAUUAGUGAACUAUAUUUGACCGCGGAAUACAUUACACCAGGAAGCCGCCAUAGUGAAAUAAAGGAAAACGAACGGGAAUGUUUCAGACUGUUGCCUCCUUGUGAAAUAACUCCAUGCGAAGAUUAUGUGAACCUCAACACAAUUUUAACAACCUCGGAGGAAAUUCUGACUGUGUGAAAAUUUUCUUAGUGGUUGACCAUGACAUAAAAAGUGUUAUGGUUCUUUACAUUUUACAUAAUUGAAGGAGUGAAAUAUGGCAAACUUUAUAAAGAACCUUGUUAGUAAGCACAAGAGACGAUACACUGAGGAUGGAUUCGAUCUUGAUCUUACCUACAUUUACCCAAACAUUAUUGCAAUGGGCUUCCCUGCCGAAAAGCUGGAGGGUGUUUACCGGAACAAGAUGGCGGAUGUUGUGAAUUUUUUGGACGAGAGGCACAAAGACCAUUAUAGAGUUUAUAACUUGUGCUCUGAGCGUUCAUACGAUGUGUCGAAAUUCCACAACAGGGUGGUUAGCUAUCCAUUCGAUGACCACAACCCCCCUCGCCUGGAGCUGAUUAAACCAUUCUGUGAGGACCUAGACGAAUGGCUCAGACAAGAUGGUCGAAACAUCGCAGCUAUUCACUGCAAGGCCGGAAAAGGUAGAACUGGUGUAAUGAUCUGUGCCUAUAUGUUACACAGAAAGAAAUUUACAGACGCUGGUGCAGCUCUCAGAUAUUAUGGACAAACUCGAACAAGAGAUGAAAAGGGGGUCACCAUUCCCAGUCAGGUGCGCUAUGUGGAGUACUAUGGGUACAUGAUUCGUCACAACCUCCAAUACAAACCCGUAACUCUGCUACUCAAAGCCAUCGAUUUCUUCACCAUACCUAUGCAUAAUGGUGGAACAUGUUGUCCAUUUUUUGAAGUAUUUCAACUGAAAGUGAAAGUAUAUACCUCAAAGACUUAUGAAGAUAUUAAAAAAGGACAGGACAAGUUUACCAUGUCCACUGAUCAAUCAGUUCCCUUGUGCGGAGACAUCAAAGUCGUCUUUUACAACAAACCAAGGCUCACCAAAAAGAAGGAGAAAAUGUUUCAAUUCUGGUUCAACACCUUCUUUGUUGGGAAAGACGAUUACAACACACCCUCUCAGUACACAAAUGGGAAAGGCCCAACCAUGGAGGAAUUAAGUGUGUCCAAGAGUUUAUUUUCAACUCUCAGCAAAGCUGAACUAGACAAAGCGAACAAGGACAAAUCACACAGAUUUUUUAGUCCCAAUUUCAAGGUGCGAAUGAGUUUUGCGAUGCCAGAAAAUGAUGUAACAGCUGGAAUGUCUGUUACGAAUAAUGGCAGUCAAUCAAGCAGAAAUAACCUCCAGAUCCCGGCAGAUAUUUCUCGUAGUCGAUCAACCACAAACGAAAACUUGACCAGUAUCUCUACUUCUGGGGUGAAGGUGCCGAUUCAUAUGAGCUCGGCUUCUUCAAUGCCUGCUUUGAAUGACCACAAUGCUCAUGUAAUGAUAGGCCAAAAACAGAUUUGUCCUCCAGGCAAACCAAAGAAUGUUUUCCCCCACAGUAAUAGAGGGGGUAGUGACCAAAUGCUCGGAAGUGUGCCAAGUAUGGAUACAAUAUUUAAUGAACAUAGUGAUAAUGAAGUAAUGGAGGAAGACUUGUCAGACACUGAUACAGACGAUGAGUGGGAGGGGCUAGAGACAACUGCUGUUUGAUUGACAGCUCUCAGUUAAAUUUAUGAAGAUUUAAAUUUUUAUAUGUAUGAAAGGAUGAACUGUCAAUGUGUAAGAAUGAUUGCAGAGCUUUAAUUAUAAUCAAGUUGUAUGAAAGAUUCUUUAGAAAAUAAGUCUACUUUGUAUAUGGUUUUUCACAGUGUGAUAUGAAAUGAACAGUUUUCAAUUCACAGUACAACUUAAUAUGAGAUUUAUAAGAUUGUUAUUUUAGUUUAAAAAAAAUUAUCCAAUAUUCCAUGAUUCAUCUGAUCUUAUUUCUUUGGUUAUUUAGUUAAUGUAGAAUUUGAUAUUAGAUUGUUGAAAAUGUUUCUCAGAAAUACCUAAGCUUUUUAUUUAUAUUUUGGUUACUGUACAUGUAUAGAGAAAAAAAUUGUUUGAACAAAAGUAUAACUGUUAAUUUCUAUUUUUUUUCAGUAUCUUGGGUAAACAAUUUUCUAGAUUUUUACUACAUGUUAAAAAGAGCCAGUAGGGAAAGCCAAAAUGCAUAAAUCUACAAUGAGUAAAUGAGAAAAUGUAUAGAAAGCAAAUGAGAUUUAUAACCAUUCCUUCAUCGAGAUAGAACAUUUUUUGUUAGAGAUAAUAUAUGUUUCACAACUCCUUGGUGUUUAUGUUUCUGUGUUUUUUGACUUGGCCUGGGCAUCACUGGUUCUGUUUUUGGUUUUUAAUUUAUCUCCAUCGACACUGAAAACUGUUCAUAUGUUUAAUUGUUAAUGAAAGCUUCAACCAAGAUUUCAAGUUUUGAUGGGUACAUUUUGUGUAUUACAAAAUCCUAGAAUUGAUGUAGGGUAACAUUUUAAAAAACUGUUCUUACAGACUACCAAUAAUUAUGGUAGUUUUCCUGUUUUCAAAAAGAUAGGAGUUCAUCUGUAGAAUGAAUAUGAAUGAAUUUCUAAAAUGCUUAAGCUUAAACUGCUUCAAUGUAUUUGGAUAUUAAGAACUGCUCUUAUUGAGAUUUUGAAGAGCAUCUAAUAAACAUUGUCAUAUCUUUAAACUUAAAGGACAAAGGUCAUGUUGUGUUAAAUGAAUCUUUUGGAAGGGGGGAAGGUUAAAGAGGGAGGGAAUAUUUUAGGAGGGUACAAAAUCAUUAUUGUUUAGGCUGUGUAGUACUCAACCAUGCAGUGAAUUUAAGCGACUGAAAUUAAAAUAAGUUCGUUUGUUAUGAUGAUUGGUUAAAUGGCAAACAUUGUUGACUUAAUUGUAGCAUUUAUGUUAAUUGUUAUGGCUUAUUCAUUGAGAGUUUUAUGAAAAAUUAUCAAAUCCACUGUAUAUGUAACAUAUUUUAAUAAGAUUUUUUAUCAUCUACAUUUGCUAAUUUAAAUUAUUAUAUUUUUGAUAGAAGAAGCACUGAUAGGGAUUUAAGUAUGCCUCACCUCAGAGUAUUAAUGACUUACCUUGUCUUAAGGCCUGGAUCAACUAAAACUACUAAUUAUACAGCAUGAAUAGCGAAUCUUAUUUUGAAGAAAGACAUGUUUUUAUCGGGGAUCAUUCGCGUUCCUUAUAAUUUUGAUUAAAAACGUAGAAAUUUUUAAGCGCCUGCUAUUACAUUUCAAAUCAUAUUCAAAUGCUACAGACCAUCAACAGUGAGAAUUAAUUUAGCAUUAUUAAUUUAUUAGCUUGAAUAAGAAAGUCUCUUUCCCAGCAUUUACUUCAAAUUGUCACUUUUAAUCUCUUUCAUGUGUACUGUAGAACAAUUAGGCAGGUUUUUCAAAAAUCAGUAAUUUUAUGCUGUUUGUGAGGUUUACUUCUAAAUUUUGUGAAUAUAUUAUCAUUGAAACUGUGAUGAUGGCCUCUGUUUUUAUUUUUUUGAUGUCAUUGUGUUUGUGUUUUCCAAUCACCAGUACCUAGCUUUCUUGGAUCAGCCAUUGCACUCAGUGGUGCUAUUUUUAAGAGCAAAACAAAACAUUUCUCAUAAUUUUUUUUUUUAGAGUUUUACGGGAAAAUUAGAAAGUACUUAAACAUAUUGAAAAAGUGACAUUCCAAUGUAAACAAAUAUUGUAUAUUUACAUUUAGUGUAUUUUGAAAAAUAACUUAUUAGAAUUCAUUUUGUUAAAGCAAUCGUCCUUUUCUGUGUAACACAAUGAUUCUUUUAUACUUCACGAUUUUUUUGGAACAUAUAUUUUGUAACCCUUUUCUUUUGAAUUCUAUAUACAUACAAAAAGGAGGAGAAAAACAAUAGCCAGUUUUAAAACUUAAGUUUUUAUAUAAAUAUCCUCAAAUUUCUCUCAGCAAAAAUCUGUUACCUAAGAGGGGGAUAUCAUUGCUUGAAAUUUCAGUGAAUGAUUUAUAAUAGAUAGUGGACAAUGCUGUUCUUUUUGUCAGACAGGUUAAAUGAUAGUUCAAAUUAAAUCAUAAUAAUUAUGAUAUUUCAUACCAUUUCAGAAAAAGUAACAAUGCUUUGUGUCUAUGAGAUUAUCUUAAGUGGAUACCUCUUUAAGUAGUUCCAUACAAUAAUUAUUGAGAAAUUUUCGAAGAAGCUGAACUGUCAGAGUUAAUAUAAUUCUAUUUUCUAUGACGCAAUGAAAGCAUCUUUAAGUUAAUGCUCAAUUGGUAGACAUUAGGUAAUUUUUUAAUUAGCAAAAUUUGUUUUGAAAAACAUCACUUUUUUUAAUUACUUAUUGAUCAGAGUUUUAUCAAGAACUGAAAUACAAGCUUUAUAAAUAACUGUUAAACAACGUAUAUAUUUUUCAAACAAAAACGAACAUGGAGUUAGCUGAAUCGUCAAAAACUAUUAAGACAAUUACAGGUUUGGAUUUUGAUAGGUAAUAUACGUUGCAUGUCUCUGUCUUGUUGAAGGGAUGACUGAGUGUGGAGUAUAUAGCAGCUGAUUCUUUAUUUUUACAUCGUCUAUGAUGCCAUGAAAGUUUGAAGAUACUGUCUUGUAUAAUAAUGUGAUCAAACAAUAAAUUAAGCGCAGGUCGA